ACCCCAACUCGGCACGCCAUUGGUGGACGGCAGACAGGCCCCGCCCCCAAACAUCGAACGGGUCCUCCCCGAGUCGAGACUUUUUCUGUCAGUGAAUUAUCGUUUCGACUGUGGAGAGGUUGUUGCUGGUUACGGCUGCCGUUUUCGUUUGACGCGAGGAAAUCUGUGCGAAAACUCGUGAAAAUACCGUCAUAUACAAACGAUACACUCACAAUUUUCAACUACACUAGCGUAGAACUGUUUGUUUAUCUUUAUAUCUCUCAAAAAGUGCUAGUUUCUGUCAAGGUUACCUACGAACAACAACGUGAUCCUUCAGAUAGAGCCGGUGAACCUGGUGAGACUCUUGUUGUGGAUGGACCUAGUGACUAGUUUUCUUGUUUUCAUACCGUUCAUGAUACUGUGCUAACUACGAUAUUUCCAACACCCAACUACUUAUCAUGAUUUAUACUUGUUCAAACUUCUUGAAGGGCAGUAGUAACAAGUGAAGUUUCAUCGUUGAUUCUGUAUUCGUGAGUGAGUGUAGUGUAGUUGAACUAUAUUAUUCACCGAGCUUACGAAAACAGUAAACAAAUCUACAUUCCAACAUCAAUAUUUAAUUUUAUGAUUGUGUGUGUUUGAACUGUAUUUAUUGUGCUUGAAGAACAGUAAACAAUUGAACUCUCAAUAUAAAUAUUGUAUUUUCAGUGUGAGUGUGAACUGUAUUUAUUAGUGACAUUGAAUGUGUGAAAUUUAUUAGUCUAAAGCUUGCUACUGUCCACGGGUAAUGCUGCGGACAGGUGGGCGAAGAUGAAACGCGGUAGCUAGAAGCAUAAGAUGGCUACAGGCGUUGUCACCGAAGAGGAAAGCUCGGGCUACGAGUCGAAACGGUGUCUGCAGAAGAAGAGGAUGAAGAGCGGAGGAGUGGUGAACCUUAGGAACGGGCUGGACGAGAUGAGGGAGUGCUGCAGCCAGGAGUCACAGGAGGAGGAGGAGGAUGAUGACGAGGAGAUCAGUGUGGGAUGUCCAAGUCCCGUCCCCGCCGAUGAGGGAGCGUCCUCGUCGUGUAGUGAUGGCGGAAGGACGUCGUCUAUGAGUUCCGGGUCGACGACAGUCGAUUGCAGGACGAGGAGGUCGUGUGAUUCGGAAGAGGAGAAUGAUAGACCUGAGGAUGAGUACUUCAAGCCGUUGAAGAGGUUGAAGAUGAUGAAGAUCGACAAGGUUAGUUAUAGUAUUGGAGGCAGCAAGACGAAGAUAUCUAGGAGGCCAAGAGGGAGAGAGGAACGAGCUGCCGUAGCAGCUGCAGCAGCCGGGUGCUCGGUGAGGAGACAAAGUGUUCCCGAUGAAGGGAGCACAACAGCCUCAGGUGUGAAAUCCUUCUCCAUCCUAGACAUCCUCAACCAUAGGCCAAGUCGAGAAACAAGUGCAGGCGUUGGAGGCAGCAUCCCCAAGAUCGUCAGACCCUGGGACUACGGCGCGGACUCCUGUCCUCCGCACGCACACCCUCAUCACCAUCAUCCUCACCUGCAGGUGCGACCCAAGUCAGCUGACUUCUGUCCCAAAUCAGCUGAUUUCUGUGCGUCGUCUACCUGUUCGAGUGGACGGUCGAGCACGGCGGGCAGUGACUGUUGCACGAGUCCUGAUAUCCUCAACUGUUCCCUUGCCGCCCCCGGAUCGCGUCCGCACCCACAUCCUCACGCCGCCUCCAGGGGCAAAGCUGCCAAGAGCGCAGACAACUCGCCUCUGGACGCCCUCUACCAAAUGACCAGCAAGACCUUCGAGGAGCUCAACGGCGAAUCUGGAUCAGACGGCCAAGCCAACCACCUGAACCUGUUCAACUCGCGACAGCAGCCGAAGAAGAAGCGGAAAUCGCGAACGGCAUUCACCAACACGCAGAUCUUCGAGCUGGAGAAGCGCUUCCUCUACCAAAAAUACCUGAGUCCCGCCGACCGCGACGAAAUCGCAGCGCAGCUGGGACUUUCCAACGCCCAGGUGAUCACGUGGUUCCAGAACCGGCGCGCAAAGAUGAAACGCGACAUGGAGGAGCUGAAAAAAGACGUCGAGUCGGCAAAAGUGCUAGCCACGCAUCAAUCGUUCCUGGAGAAUGUGCAGAAUCUGGGCAUUCUCAAGAAAAAGUCUGUGGUAACUAGUGACGAGAAGGGCAUGACUGUUGUGAUAGAAAAGUAGGGGCUGUUUGGCGGGAAACGAACAUUCGAAAUGAUUCCUCGACCAGCUCCCUACUUGAACAUUUUUCCUUUCCAAAGAGAUCUAAGCUGUUAAUAUGCAGGCCUCAAGAGCCAUAGUAUACAGUGAAAAAGGACGCUUGUUUGUAGCGAACUAAACAAAAUCCACUUCUUCGUUCAUAUUUAUGCAAAUCCUUCAAAUGAUUGAGAAUGUUCGACUUAAUAUUUAAUAAAACCACAGAGGAAAGAUAGCAUGAGAUUAUCACUAACAAAAGAAGCUAUGCAUAUGAUAGUCAUGAACUAUUUAUCAUAGAUAGCUUAUGGUAUAUUUCCUUCAUGAUGAAACUCUUGUAUGGUAACAACUGAAGAGGAUAUAGUUCAUAUUUAUGCAAAUCCUUCAAAUGAUUGAGAAUGUUCGAUUUAAUAUUGAUGAAACCACAGAGAAAAGAUACAACUUAUCACUAAGAAAAGAAACUAUGCAUAUGAUAGCCAUGAGCUAUCUAUCAUAGAUAGCUUAUGGUAUAUAUAUAUUUCCUUCAUGAUGAAACUCUUGUAUUAGAACAACUGAAGAAUAUAUAGCUCUGAGUUGUUCCAAUGCGUAGGUUCAAUUUACUAGAGUGUAACUCACUGAGUGAAGAAAAUAAUGAAUUUGAUUCAAUUAUUUGUCUUCUCGGUUUUUCAUAGAAAUCACACCAUAGUCAAACAUCUAAUUAAUCUCAUUCUAUUUUAAUAGAACACUUUUGCAAUUCUAUUGCAGUAUGAGAAGCAAAUUUGGAACUUGAUACUUGAUUAUACAGUUGUAGUACAGGGGUGCCCACAGCAUGUUUUGAUGUCGCGAAUUGCGACAUGAGGCUGAAUUUUGGGGGGGAUUUUUGGAAAAAAACUAGGGAAAAUGGGGGGGAUUUUACAAUAUACAGUUUUUAAGUACCUAAAUGGAUACCAAAUUUUUAGAAUUUUGGGGGGGAAUUUUGCGACAUGGACCAUUGGGGGGAUGGGCACCCCUGCAGUAGUAUGAAUAUCGUAUCGAAUGUACUCGUAUCAUUGUAGCGGUCUGAGUCAUUCAUGAAAAACUAUACUAUUGUACGAUAUGAAUCAUUACAUUAUGAAGAUUUGCAAUGAAGCAUCAUAGUUUAUGAUGUUUACAGUACUUAAUUGAACUUGACUGAAGUGGAUUUGUUUAGUGGGGUAGGCUUAUGCUUGCUCAUGUUAUUGUUCCUAAUAUUGAAAUAUGUGUAAACUUUGUAAUUACAAAAAUGGUCAGUCGUUUUGGUGAUGGUUGUGUGUAAACAAUGAAAUAGAAUAAUAAAUUUGGGCUGCCCAAGUAAUUCGUAACUGGUCAAUUUCAGUAACUAGAGAAAACUCUAGCUGAAGUUGUAACCGAAAUUAGGUAAGGAGGUACCUUCUCAUAGAAAAUACAGUUUUCUAUAUCUUGGGAGUAGUGGAAAUCUUAUAAUUCAAUGGAGUACAGUAUAUUUAUGUUAGUUCUCGCAGACUGGUACGAAUUGCGACAUAUCGAAUAAAUUGAUUAUGCGUUUUGUUAGAUUAGCUACGCGUUUUGAACUCCCAUUCCGACUGAGUACUUAAUUGAAGAUGAAUAAUCUUUAACAGUUUCAAAUCUGCAAACGCUGAUAAUAGAGAUUAUGCAUAUUAUGAAGCAGUGUUUCAAAUUCCUCUGAAAAAGUGUUCUCGCGAACUAGACUAAUUCAUCUUCUUGUUUCACCUGAAACAGAUUUAUAUAGUUGUAAAAAUGUACAGUUCAUGAGAUGUAUUUGUUAGUAUAGUGUAGAGAGAUGUGUACAAUCAUUGAUAAUUUUAAGAUAACUUCUCCUAAGUAGAAAUUACAUGGAUUUACUUAAAACUUGACUUACCAAAUACAGUUUUUCAAGUACAGUGACUUAUUAUACAAUGACGUCUCUUUGAAUCACAAAAUGUUUAAAAUAGUUGUUAUGAAUAAUUAUUAUAUUCUAAACAUCCAUUUGAAAAUGAUUUUUUAAUUGGAUAAGUCAGUCUAUCAUGUCAGAUUUUAGAAACUAGUUUAUUGCAAUGACGAGAGAGAGUGCAAUACAAUGAAUUUAGAAUCGUCAAGGCAUUUUAAGCGGCUUUAAAAAUUCAGAAAUUCUGAUCUCCUUCUAUAACAAGGAAAACAUACUCUCGUUGAAGUAUAUAAAACAGUUCUGCAAUAUAGCAAACAUGACUGAAUAUGGAUAACGUAAUAUAGAAAUAUGAUGUAUCUGAUGAGCUUCAUUUUUUUUAAAUAUGUCAAUAACUCUUGGUGUGCAAUUGCACAUAUCUUUGGCUGGCCCAAUCAAAUAUGUAUCUAUCUGGUGAAAAUUGAAAGAUUUGUUUGAAAUAUUCCAUUUAUUUUAUCCAAAUGAUUCACCAAUAACUUCGAAUGCAACUUGAAAAUCAUAUACGGAUAUAAAGGUGCGUACAGAUUUACGCGCCGCGAACAUGAGCAAUUCACUUUUAAUCAGCUGAUGCCAAGCUUUUUAUAACUAUAUCUUACCGUUUCUGUAAAAGUACAGAUAUAAUCAGCUGAUUAAAAGUGAAUUGCUCAUGUUCGCGGCGCGUAUAUCUCUGUACGCACCUUAAUGUUCGAUUGCGAAGGCUCAUCAGUGAAACGUUUUUUGUUGAAUGUUGUGUUUAUCAGAUUUUUUCUCAUAUGUGUAGAUUUUUUCUCACAUUCAUAGUUUCUCAAGUAAGUCCGCAUAUCUUGCAGAUUCACUGCAUGAUAUGAUGAACAACUCAACGAGAGCUUCACAGAAUACAUAAUUAUUUCGGUAAACUUUUA